GGAAAAAACAAUGCAGCUCAGCCUCUCUAGGCAGUUUGGAGAGAGAGAACUCAGUGACCCGCAAAGGCGCAUGAGGAUAGUAAACCCCGGAUCAAGCCAUUCCCCUGACGCUAUCCCGCUUUCUCUGAGUCCGGAGCAAUCGGGACGUCGACGGUCAUGUCGUCUAGACUGGCCCCUCCCUCAGGAGAAGCGCCUCAGAAAGCAGUGUGUUGACAAUGGUAGCCAGCAACAAUAAUGGCAAAAAAAUGACCCCUGCACUCCGAAUAAGUCAGCUCGAUGCCCUUGAACUAAACAAAGCCUUGGAGCAGCUGGUUUGGUCCCAGUUUACUCGAUGCUUUCAUGGAUUUAAACCUGGACUGUUGGCUCGCUUUGAACCAGAAGUUAAGGCAUUUCUUUGGCUUUUUUUGUGGAGAUUCACCAUCUAUUCUAAGAAUGCGACAGUGGGACAGACUAUUCUGAACAUUCAGUACAAGAAUGACUUAUCCCAGAAGCAAAACUACCAGACACUAAGCAAGCACCAGAAACUAUGGUAUCUUAUUUGCACUGUUGGUGGUAGGUGGCUGGAAGAAAGGUGUUACGAUUUGUUUAGCAAUCGUCCUUUGGAGUCUUUCCGGAAGACCAAGUAUUUUAUUAAUUUAGCAGUUGGACUCCUCAAACUUUGUGAAUUACUGAACUUCCUGGUUUUUCUUCGGAAAGGAAAGUUUGCUACCCUCACUGAGCGUAUUUUAGGAAUCAGGUCUGUGUUCUGUCAGCCUCAGAGUAUUCGUCAAAUUGGAUUUGAAUACAUGAACAGGGAACUCUUGUGGCAUGGGUUUGCAGAAUUUCUCAUUUUUCUUUUGCCCCUUAUUAACAUGCAAAAACUCAAACUCAGGCUUUCUUCUUGGUCAUUAGCUGUUGCAGGAUGUUCCAGUAAGGAAAGUUCUUUGGCAGCAGGUAGUAAGGAAUGCUGUCUCUGUGGAGAAUGGCCAACUAUGCCUCAUACUAUUGGCUGUUCACAUGUGUUUUGUUACUACUGCCUUAAAAGUAACUACUUAUUUGAUAUGUAUUUUACCUGUCCUAAAUGUGGCAUGGAAGUGCAUGACCUGCAGCCAUUAAAACACAAGAUAGAAAUGAAAGAGGUAUCCACUUAGCCUUUUUGAGGAUUCCCCUAAAUCCGUAAACACACUUUGUGAAAUAUACCAAACUGCCGUACAGUGAUAGUUAAAUACAGCAUUGCCUGUUAAUUUCACCUCUUUUAAAGAUUAAUAUAAAAUAUUUUAGCACUGUUUGUAAAAAUGAGCAGGUUUUGUAAAGAAAUGGUUGUUGAUUGUGUCCAAUUUUAUUUAUACUCCCAGACCUGAAGGUAUGAAAGCAAUAACCCCUUUAAGGCAGCUGACACUCCAUUCACAUUUGCUGCCACCAGUGCAGAUAAACCUGGUGUAGUGCAAUCACCUGGAUGCAAACCAAAUGGGUUGUUUCAGUGAAGUGCACUUUGCCAUGAACUGGGGAGCUGCUUCACACAAUUUGUUUCCUGUUUUAGUGCGGCCCUUGCAAGGGUGGCAUUACAAGCAUGCUGUAAUCAUCAGUGAAUCAGGCCUGAUUUGCAGAUUCUUUGGAUCCAGUUCACAAAUUCCAUUGUGGUGAUAUGAUCCCGCAAUACCAUUGUGCCAGUUUGACUUGGGACAUUUUGCAGCCACUUACAUGGGAUAUUUAAGGCAACUUCACCUUGUACUAAAGAAGCAUACAGGCUUCCUAGACUGCUAACUAAAGUACUCUCUACAACAAAAGUCUGUUGCAGUGCAAUCCUGUGUCAAGUUCCUCCAGUCUAAUCCUGUUGAUUUCCUGUGUGGAGUUCCUCUAGUCUAAAAUAGUUUAUUUCAAUGGGCUUAGACUAUUGUAACUGUACAUGGGAUUAUAUAUUCUCCACACAGUACUGUGACCCACAUUUCAAACCAUAGUGAACAAUAUUGUCUGGGUUUUGUAGAGGUUACCCUGAAUAUAAUCCAGUACUAUCGCAUAAGAGUAAGUACUGGAGCAGUUUUGUAGCUUGCAAAAGCUAGAAUGUUUUGCAUAAUCUUCACCUUGAGAAAUUUUGUUCAAAAUCAGGCUUGUAAAAAUAAAUAUUUUCUUAGAUUCCUGUUUUCAAAGAGGAGGAAAAUAGCCUGUCUCCAUUGGCCUCUUCAUACUCUGACAGUUAUCACAGGAUCAUGGCUUUAUCCAUAUAGUGAACUGACUCUCUGUUGAUGUAUGACAAACAUUGAAGGUGGGCAUAAAUGACAGUAUGAUAGCAAGGAACUUACUCUUCAGGAGGAGUUUUCCUCAACAGUAACAUUGUAAAGAAGGUAAAACCACACCCUUGACUGCCUUCCAGUUAAAUGAUUUAAUUUGGAUUUUAAUUGCUGUUGUAUACUGUAUUCCAGCAGCUGACAGUGUAACCUAACAAAGAUUUAUAGACUU